UAUAGAACCAGUUUGAAGAUCUAAUACUAAAGAACUUACAUUUACGUUCACAGCCAGUCACACCUUACCUUUUGCCUAACGCACUCCCUUAUCGCGUUCUCACGAUCUGUUCUAACAAGAAUAUUUUAAAAUGUCUCUAUUAAAGAAAACAUUUCAGGGUGCAAUUAAAAUAAGUAUACGUAGUUAUAGUGCAAAUACUGGUUUAAAUAAACCACCAAAAAUACUAAUUACCGGUGGCCUGGGACAACUUGGUGUUGAAUGUGCCAAACAUCUGCGAGGAAAAUACGGCAAAGACAAUGUGAUCUUAUCAGAUAUAAUAAAACCUUCAACAGAAAUAUUUAACGACGGUCCGUACAUAUUCGCGGAUAUUUUGGAUUUCAAAGGUUUACAGAAAAUAGUCGUUGACCAUAGAGUUGACUGGUUGAUACAUUUUUCUGCUUUACUUAGUGCGAUUGGUGAACAAAACGUACCUCUAGCUGUUCGUGUAAAUAUAGAAGGGAUGCAUAAUGUUAUAGAGCUUGCUAAACAGUAUAACCUGAGGAUAUUCGUGCCAAGUACAAUAGGCGCCUUCGGACCAGAUUCGCCUAGGAACCCUACACCUAAUAUUACAGUGCAACGACCUCGGACUAUCUAUGGUGUGUCAAAGGUGCAUGCGGAAUUAUUGGGCGAAUAUUAUCAUUAUAAGUUCGGAUUAGAUUUUCGCUGUUUAAGAUUCCCCGGAGUAAUUUCCAGUGAUCCACCCGGUGGAGGAACUACAGAUUACGCGAUUGCUAUAUUUCACGACGUGCUUCGCAAAGGUCAUUACGAAUGUUAUUUGAAACCUGACACAAGACUGCCCAUGAUGCAUGUCAAAGACGCGCUCCGAGCGCUCUCAGAAUAUUUAGAAGCGCCUAAUGAAAUGCUGCAAAGGCGAGUGUACAAUGUAACGUCUAUGAGUUUCACCCCAGAGGAGUUGGCUGACGAGAUGUUCAAAUAUUUGCCCGAUUUUACGCUUUCAUACAAACCAGACAGUAGGCAGGAUAUUGCGGAUUCUUGGCCACAAGUAUUUGACGAUAGCGAGGCUCGACGUGACUGGAACUGGAAGCCAGAAAUAGACAUGGACAAUCUGGUGAAACUAAUGCUAAAGGAAGUCAAAGAGAAAAUUAUCGCCAAUGGAUUUUGAGGAACUAUAAAAAAACUCCCCAAAUGAACGAUAUCUUGAUAUCGUUUUCAGAGAGAGAAGUAGGAAUGAAUUUUGUAUAGGUUUUUUUGUCUUCAUAAGUUAAUUGUUAACGUUUUAUUGUUAUCACAGCAUGGAAAUUCAUGACAAUAUGCGAAAUUUGGAUUUAAACCUACUAUGACGUCUCUAGAUCGAUAGAAAAACAUCGGAUGAAGUUUAGGUUGUAUAAUACAACUUAAAAUCAAUAUUUAUAAAGUUAACAUUAAUGUACGAGUAUCUAUGUUAUU